UCCGCUAUUUCCCGGAACGACAUUCGCAUGCAAGGAGCCGGACACAACACACACUCUGGGCCCGCUCGGAGGACAGAUGUUGGCUCUUCGUCGGCGCGUGUGCCUCGCACCAACAUACAUGUAGCCCAUGAGCUCGCGGAAGUGCUCAGGGCUAAGGAGGCUAAGAGGGACGAUGGGAAUGGUGAUUUGCGCAGGGGUCUCCGGCGACGGCGUGAGAGAGCAGGGUGGAGAUGAAGACGAGAGUGACGGGAGCAAUGUCCUUCUUGCAGACGGCGAGCAUGUGCGAGGGGAGGUCGGCGGAGCCGUCGCUGACGUCGACGGUGAUGUUGUCGGGGAUGGAAACAGGAAGAGGAGGAGGGACUUUGACGUGCUCGAGGACGGCAAGCAAGAAAGAAGACAUAAAUACUACCUCGUCCUCGUCCUCGUUCAAUGGAACAUGAAGAGUGCCUUCUCGAUCGGCACGCGCUUGGGGUGGGCGAGCCGCCUCGGGAUCGCGAUGGAGAUCUUGGGCUCGACGUCGUGCUCCGGCGCCGUCCUCACACUGUCCGUCACCGUCGACCCCAUCGCCGGGCAGCCUUGUGCCUCCGUCUGCCAAUGACACCGCUGGCCCAUUAGGAGAAGCCGCGCGAACGUUCAACGCACCGUCUGUCUCCUCAAAGUGAACGACCUGCUCCAGGACGUACACGUACACGUCCGUGCAGGUCGCCGCUGGAAGGGUCGCCUUGCGAGGACUGGCUGUG